AUGGCAUCCGAGGAGACCAUCCCCAUCAUCGUGGAAUUCACCGGAGGCCUGGAGAUGCUCUUCUCAGGCGAACGCAAGCACAGGCUCUCGGUCCCUGCGAAAGACAGCAAGGGAGAUGCAGUCACCGUUGGCUGGCUUGUCGAUUAUCUCUGCGACGAGGCCAUGAAAGAUAACAGGAAGGAGAUGUUUGUCUUGGAUGGUCACGUUCGCCCGGGAAUCCUGGUGCUCAUCAACGACGCCGACUGGGAACUCGAAGGCGAAGCCUCAUACGCCCUGCAACCCAACGACAAUAUCCUCUUUGUUUCGACGCUUCACGGGGGCUGA